AUGACCAACACAAGUCAAGUCAAGACUAGCCUUAUACCAUGGGACAAUCCACACGACCUGCUCUCUCACAGAGACUACUUGUUGGCGGCCUUCAUCUUGAGCUGUGUCGUCAAGCCUGUCGUCGUCGCCGUCGGCCUGCCGUCUAACAUCAUCAACUGUGUGGUGUUCUGGCGCCAGGGACUUCAGGACCGCAUGAACGUCUGUCUCUUGGCGCUGUCUGUGGCGGACCUCGGUCUGAUAACUGUCACAGCACUUUUCAGUGUCAGUUAUUACCUAGAACAGAUUGAUCCCGUUACCUACGAGGGGCUCUUUGCUUACUUUCAAACCUACAUAGCUGGAGUGGGUCAAGGAUUCCGUACUGCUUCUGGAUGUAUCACCAUGGUGAUAGCCGUAGAACGCUGUCUGUGUGUCAUGUUUCCCUUGAAGGCGGCCUCUUUGAUCAGCACUCGCAACAUGUCGGUGGUCAUGGUUUUUAUUGGAUGUUUCUCCCAGGUAGCUUUCUUCACAAUGCCCGCUCGGUUUGUUAUAAUUAAAGUUAACAGUACCACGUCAAAGAUGGGACCUGUCAGCUCCGACUUGUACCUGAAGAAUCAAGUUUUCUUCACAAUCCUAGAAAACAUUGUGAUGAUGAGUGUAGUACCUAUAGCGACUUUCCUGAUCAUUUCUUUGUCCACUGGCCUGACUGUGGUCAAGCUCAGGGCUGCCAUGGAUUGGCGGAGGAAGUUUGGUUCCAGCAGCGAUGAAAGCCGAAGUCAGCACACAGCUGUGACCAAGAUGCUGGUGCUGGUGUCCAGUGUCUACAUAGUGACCACCAUACCCUGGGUCAUCUUCUACCUCGCAUCCUUAACUGUGCAAGAGUUCUCUCUCACAGGCCAAUUCUAUAAUUUAUACAUGACAUCCAUUGUUGCCGUCUAUCACCUGCCUUAUAUCAAUAGUUCCGUAGGCUUCUUCGUGUACUUCAACAGGUCCACUCGCUUCCGGAAAGAUGUUUUAGACACGUGCGGCGGUUCUUGCAAAGUGCAGUCAGGGUUGGGGCGGGAAGUGAAAACGGUUAGUAAGGCACUGAAUUACCUGUAAAAAAAUCUACCUUGAGAAAGAGUUGUGAUGGUGAGACAAUGGGAAAGCGAGGAACUGCUAGGAAAUGUUGAUACGGGAAAAUGCAAGCCGAGGGUAGCAGAAGUGAGACCUUCAGAGUUUUCCUGACCUACUGUCGUCACAACCAACAUCUCAUCGGCCCUUUCCUCUCGGUUACUCUAAGUUUACACUGACAAUCUUGAAAUUUGCCAUAAAACUGUAACUGAACAGCAAAAUAUUAAUGCUACGCAGCUAGUUAUAUAUUUCUCAGGAAAACGAACAUACUUUUAAUCCGUUUUGAGUAUUCUGUAUUUUUAACCCAAAAUUUCGCAAGUCAUGAAAGAAGUCCAGAAUUCUCUCUCCCUCCACACACACACCAUGGUUUAUUGUGUUUCAAAGAUGAUGAUAAUGGAUUGUGCUGUGUCCAAUGAAGGGGCAUGACGAGGCACAGUAGACAGAUGAUGAUAUAAAGGAUAUGAAGGGUAUGAAGGGUAUGAACACUGGAGGAGCAAUGUUCCCACUGACAGUGAUGUCACAUACUAGGUAACCAGAGGUAAGAACUCUGUGCUACUUCGAACAUGGUGCGAUACGCACGAAUUAUGACAGAUAUUUUAGUUUUUAAUUCUUGUAGAAUAUUUUCCGUGUCUACUCUCAACAGCAAGGAAGAGAAAUGCAGGUGUAUAAGACAAAAUAAAAACACAUUUAAAUCGAUUUUAAUUGUAAUCGAAGGAAGAAUCGAAACGCAAAACCGACCUAAAAACCGCUGGAUGUGACAUCUUUGUUGAAGCAAGUAUAUUGGAGAGGAAUAAUUCGUUCACAGAGCAAGAUGUCAUGUUCCGUCCACAUUUGAAUUUCUGUGCUACAUUAC